ACUCGCUAAAGAUUGGGCCUUUCUAUCCUUUUUUUUGCGCCUAAGGAACCCUCCUCCACCCACCACAUACCACCAACCCCAUCAUUUUAAAAUUUUUUUGUCGAUAAUUAUGAUAAAUAUAAAUAAAAUAAUUAUUUAUAUGUUUACACAUAUAAAGACGAUUUCUUUAUUCUUGUCCAGAUUAAUUGGGUAACACCCACUUCAUUUUUUCAGAUUCUCUCAAAGCUGAACAGCCAAGGAGUCUGCUUUCUGGAGAAGUUUUGAUAUAAAGAUAUGAGAGGAGGAGGGCUAUGGCAGCUUGGGCAAUCAAUCACCAGGCGUCUUGCACAGGCUGAUAAGAAAGUUGUUGGUCGUCGAUGUUUUUCAAGUGAAGGAGAUCUCAAAAAGACAGCACUUUAUGACUUCCAUGUUGCAAAUGGUGGGAAGAUGGUCCCUUUUGCUGGUUGGGGAAUGCCAAUUCAAUAUAAGGACUCAAUAAUGGAUUCUACUGUCAAUUGUAGAGAGAAUGGAAGUCUUUUUGAUGUCGCUCACAUGUGUGGUUUGAGCCUUAAGGGGAAGGAUUGCAUUCCUUUCCUCGAAAAACUUGUUGUUGGUGAUAUUGCUGGACUUGCCCCUGGCACUGGAACCUUAUCGGUUUUCACAAAUGAGAAGGGUGGAGCAAUUGAUGAUACUGUGAUCACCAAGGUGACGGAUGAUCACAUAUAUUUGGUUGUGAAUGCGGGUUGCAGAGAUAAGGAUCUGGCACAUAUUGAGGAGCAUAUGAAGGCGUUCAAGUCUAAAGGUGGUGAUGUCUCAUGGCAUAUCCAUGACGAGAGAUCUCUUAUUGCCUUGCAGGGUCCCCUUGCUGCUCCCGUUCUUCAACAUUUGACCAAGUAUGAUCUAAGCAAGUUUUACUUUGGAGAAUUUUGUAUGACUGAUGUCAGUGGAUUCCCCUGCUAUCUCACUAGAACAGGAUACACUGGUGAAGACGGGUUUGAAAUUUCAGUCCCCGAUGAGCAUGCAGUAGACCUUACAAAGCAAAUCUUGGAGAAAUCCGAAGGAAAGAUAAGACUUACAGGGCUAGGUGCACGAGACAGUUUAAGGCUCGAGGCAGGAUUAUGUCUAUAUGGAAACGAUCUCGAACAGCAUAUUACACCCGUUGAAGCGGGUCUAACAUGGGCUAUCGGAAAAAGGAGGAGGGCAGAAGGCAACUUCCUCGGUGCAGAAAUCAUCCUCAAACAAAUUGCUGACGGUCCGAAAAUAAGGCGUGCGGGAUUUAUUUCUUCGGGGCCACCUGCUAGAGGUCACAGCGAAAUUCAGAACGAAAAGGGUGAAAACAUUGGUGAAAUUACUAGUGGUGGAUUCAGUCCUUGCCUUAAGAAGAACAUAGCCAUGGGUUAUGUGAAGUCUGGUAACCAUAAGGCAGGCACUAAGGUUAGCAUUUUGGUAAGGGGAAAGCCUUAUGAAGGAGUUGUUACUAAAAUGCCCUUUGUGCCCACAAAAUACUUCAAGCCAACUUAAUUGAGAGUUGUGUUCCUAUCUGCUACAUUUUUCUUGUUUUUCUUGUUCCUGAAAUGUGUAGUAAAACUUGUUUAUCUGCUACAUUUUUAGUCCUAGUUUGAAAUAAUGAGAAUGCAUAUGGUAAUACGAAGUACUUCAUUUUGUUGCA